AUGUCUUCCUGGGUGAUUACCGGAGUUUCGCGUGGCCUUGGUCUCGAGUUCGUUCGCCAGCUCUCUGAAAACCCAUCCAACACUGUCUUCGGCCUGGCCCGCGAUAAAGCAGCCGUCGAGUCCAAGGUUGCUGCUGAAAUCGGCCGGGACAAUAUUCACAUCAUUCAGGCCGACACCACGGACCCAUUGGCAUUGGAGGAAGCAGUUCAGUAUGUCUCUGAGCAAACCAGCGGUACCCUUGACUAUGUCAUAGCCAAUGCCGCGCUCCAAGCCAAGACUGCAUUAGUUGGUUUUGAUACUCUGGGCCGCGAUCCAAAAGCCCUUGAACAAGAUUUGAUUGAUCACUUCCGAGUCAAUAGCAUCGGCGCAGUUCAUGUUUUCAAUGCCUUUAUGCCCUUGAUUCUAAAAGGUCGGGCGAAGAAAGUAAUCGCCAUCUCCACGGGCAUGUCGGACCCUGAGAUGACCCUCAAAGCCGAUAUCUACCAAGCCACAUCUUAUGCAAUGAGCAAGGCUGCUCUUAACAUGGCAAUAGCCAAGUUCAGUGCCGUGUACCGUGAGAAGGGCGUCCUCUGCAUGGCCAUAUGCCCUGGUGCUGUAGACACCGGCAGUCUUAAUAUUGAAACGGAGCAGGAGGAACAGUUGGCUAUGGCUAUGUCUGGGAAGUUUAAACAAUAUUCACCCACCUUCAAAGGGCCUAUGAAACAAACCUUCAGAUAG